GUUGUUGGAUGGGAGGUAGUUGGAUAGGAGGUUGUUGGAUAGGAGGUAGUUGGAUAGGAGGUUGUUGGAUAGGAGGUUGUUGGAUAGGAGGUUGUUGGAUAGGAGGUUGUUGGAUAGGAGGUUGCUGGAUAGGAGGUUGUUGA